AUGUGUUGUUUAUGGUUAUGGAAUGUAUUAGAUUGUAAAAAUGAUAGUCAUGGAUAUAUAACCUAUAAACGAAUAGUUAAGCAAAAAAAACGUCCGCGUACAAAUCAUUAUAAUAUGUCAUUAACAAUCGAAGAAUUAUUUCAAUAUUAUUUAAAUCGAAAUAAAUAUUUAACUAAUGAAAAUAUUUGUCAAAUACCAUGGUCUAAACUAAUUUAUUUCUAUUUAAUUGAAUAUAAACGUUUAUCAUGUCUUGAUUUCUUUCCCAUAUACUUACGAUGUUCACUUGGUCAUACAAAUUGCUCGAAUACGAUACAUUCACAUUAUGAAUAUGAUUCAAGUAGUUCAAUGGGUCUAUGUGUUCGAUUAUAUACGAAAAUAAAUAUUUGUCAAUUUGGUAUAAAAGGUAAAUUUGAAUCAAUAUUACCUGGAAUCUAUGAAAUUCUAUGCCGUAUUAAAUUGGAUAAGAAUGAGAAUUAUUUCUCAUACUUUACUGAAUGUUGUAGUCAAAAUCGUGAGAUAGAAAAAUGUGUAGAAUGUUAUUUUAUUGCAUUAGCUGAUCGUGGUCUUGAUUGUGAAGUCGAUGAAAAAAAACUGAAUUAUGAUUGGUUUGAAUCAAACUAUUUAUUACAUGGAAAUCAAAAUUAG